UGUUGUUGUGCGCGGACCGUUGCUGCUGCUGGCGUGAGAGAGCAUCGCGUUUUCGCCACCGCGUACACCCACCCGUCUCACGCACCCGCCGCCGUGCGCGAAACUGUUUUGCUCCCGUUUCCUUCACACCGCGGCCAUGCGCGCGAGCCCGAAUUCUACAGGACACUCGUAAAAUUGCACUUUAUCUCACGCUCGCUGCAAUACCUUCGGUGAUAAGGUGCGGUAAUGUGUAUGGGUCCAGCAUGUGCGGCAAAGCGAAAAUCAUUCAACUGGCCAUUCAAUAAGGAUUCUCUUCUUGGCCCAAAGUGAAAACGAAUUGUGAACAUAAUUGAUUUGAUGAAUAAAUUUGCGCUCAAUGUGGCAGAUAAAUUGUUAGGUUUGUUAAAACCUGCUAGGUAAACUAUAUGAUCAAAUUGUGCGGAAAGGUAGUGCGUGUGUGAGCAGUGAGGACACAGCACAACCAUCAUCGGGUGGGUAGGUUUUGGUUCGAAGGUGCGGGACGAAGGACCAUCCCUGGAGCUUGUAAGACAGAAUUCGGGCCAGGCUGCAUCGUUCCUGCAGAUGGGAGUGUUCGAGGAAGCCGCUUCUCGCACGCCCGGGAUGCAUUGGCAGCAGCACGAACAGUAUCUUGGCCCGGCGUACGACCCAUCCCGCGAUCUAUCGCCCAACCUGCCGUCGUGCGACUCGUCCAUGGGGGACGCGGAGCCGAGCAUCUCAUCGUUGAGCGGCAGCGGCAGCUCGUGCAGCACCCCGUCUAACAACAAUCACUUGGCAAGCUCGUGCGGCUCUGAUACUUGCCGGCCCCCGGAAGUGUGCACACCUCAUAGCAAUUUCGAGCAUCACAUACCGAAGCUAGAGCCGCUACAAACGCCACCCUCGCCGCCGCUGCAUCACACAAACGGCGAUCCGACUGUUUGCGCUGGCUGUGGUAUGCGAAUUGCUGAUCGCUUCUACCUGCAGGCGGUCGACAGGCGGUGGCACGCCGCCUGCCUACAGUGCUGCCAAUGUCGCAAUCCACUAGACGGUGAGGUUACCUGCUUCUCACGGGACGGCAAUAUAUACUGCAAGAAGGAUUACUACCGGUUGUUUGGAAUGAAACGUUGCGGCAGGUGUCAUGCAACUAUACUUUCAUCGGAGCUGGUAAUGCGUGCCCGCGACUCCGUCUUUCAUGUACAUUGCUUCUCCUGUGCUGAAUGCUCAGCUCCUCUUACAAAAGGCGAUCAUUUUGGGAUGCGCGACGGGGAAGUCUUGUGCCGGCAACACUUUGAAAUGGCGUUGGCGGACGAGCCCCACGCGUCUAGGUUCCAUCUAACACAAAAUCACGGUGCUACCACGGUUCCUCAACACUUCGCUCCGCCGUUCCCAAGUCCAGAAUUUCAUCACCAUCAUCACGCGUCAUCUAUACCACCGGUAGCGACUAGCAACGCCGAUAUCAGUCCUAAUAAAGUUCCAUUCUUUAAUGGCGCGCCGACGACGCCGCGACAAAAAGGCCGGCCACGGAAAAGGAAACCUAAGGAUUUGGAAGCGAUGACAGCUAACUUAGAUUUAAAUUCCGAGUACUUGGACAUGCCGUUCGGGCGAUCGCCGGGCGGCCACAUGGGCGGCAAUCAACGGACGAAGCGAAUGCGCACUUCCUUCAAACAUCAUCAACUAAGAACGAUGAAGUCCUACUUUGCUAUUAAUCACAACCCGGACGCAAAGGAUCUGAAACAUUUAUCGCAAAAGACUGGACUGCCCAAGAGGGUAUUGCAAGUAUGGUUUCAAAAUGCCCGAGCAAAAUGGCGACGGAUGAUGCUGAAGCAAGAAGGCAAAUCCGGUGAUAUGUGCUCCUCUAUCGAUGGCCUCAGCGAUCUGGAUAUGUAUCCCGGGCCAGGCUCAAUGGCGGGCAGCAUUCAAUCGCUCAAUCCACACAGUCCGUCGUUCAUGUUGCCCCCAGGCAGCCCCUCUUCGCUGGACUGCUCGUGAGGUGACCUGCCGCCUUCAUCUAAGCUCGGUUACGUACUUAAAAAGUUCCAAUUUUAAUUUUAAGGUGUACAUACAAAUUACUUUAAAAUAUUCAAGAAGCACACAAAAACGAAGGAUGCAUGAUUUAUAAAAGACAUGCAGGUUUUUUGGUGAUAAACAAGACCGUGCGUGAUUUAUGAUGCAUUUUGUGAUCUUAUUUAAUAUAUUUUGAAAUAAACUAAGCGAAAAAGUCGACCUGUAAAUAGGAAAACGUUAAACAAUGUAAAAAAACAUGAUUUAACAACCGACGAAACAAGGAAUGUGGCAAAGUUAAUCAGAUGGAAUGAAGCAAUGUGUAAAUAAAAUGAUGAUCGUGGAAGGGGCACAUAUUCCUAUACUCAAGGUGCAAAACACAUAAUUUAUUAUUCUUAAGUUGCCCUCCAUCACACAAUCGAAAUGCUUCAAACAUUAAUUAAUGUUAUACUUAGUUACACAAUAUUAUGAGAUUUAUUAGAUUGCAAACAUGUACAAUUAUAAUUUAAUUUAAUUAUUUAUAUUUUAAAAUUAAUAUUCAUGCUACACGACACACAUAAGACAAGAUAUUAUCAAGUUAGAGGUCCAUAGCCGAAAAUCGGUAGGCUGCUAAUAUCAUUACACCAUUACACACGAAUUACAUUUAAUGCGCACUAAUAUUGUUUAGAUAAUAUUUUUAAUGAUUUUUAUUUGUUCGAGCUUAAAAGUAGCUAAAAUAAGUGUAUGUACAUGUACAAGGUUUUUCUCUCGAAUGAGUAGGUACAAGAUUUUUUUAAGUUUCUCAAAAAGUGGACAGAUUGUAAAAAAAUCAGAACUAUAUAAAGUACACAGCGAAAUUUUAUGUUCCUAUGUUGAUGGCACUCGCGCGCGCGAUUACAAUUACUACCUGGUAAAUAAUUAUUUAUAUGUUUUUUUUCGGUGUUUUUUGCGUUUGCCUUGUAUGUGUACCUGAUAGCAAAAUGAUUCGAAACGUUUUUGUUCCUAAUACCUAAUCGAUGUUAUUAAAGUGUGGUUUUAUUUAACGCCUAGGUACAUACCUACUAUUUACGAGUACGUUUGCACAGAUUUUCGUUAAAUCUAAGAUAAGUACAAGCCGCAACAAACAAGGAAACGCAACAUCAAAUGAAUAAAAUUACGAUAUGACUGUUAUUUGCAUUUUCCACAGGGAAACACUUGAAACUUUUACAAAAUGGUCAAAUUUUCCAGUAUAUUUCUUGGGUUCCGAAUCAAACGUGUAAACUUAGACUAAAAAUUAACAAAUUGUCUUCCUAUAAAUGACGCCAAAUGGUUAUAGUAGUUUCAAUUUUGAUUUAUUUUGAUGUUCGUUUCGUUGUCAUGCAAAUGAUAUUCACUCAAAAUGGUGCACUAAACAUACAAAAAUGUGAGCGUCUUCUAGCAACACGCACCCGCACUCUUAUUAUUAUUAUUCAUUACUAAUUAUUCAUUAAUCAUUUGUUAAUUUAUUCCUAUUAUAUUUAAAAUGCACUUCAAUUAAAUGAGUUCGACGAUAAAGGGGUGUGUGUUGCGUGUGAAAGAGGAUGAGAUUGUACAGACAUGCGAUUUGCGAUUAUAGAACAAUUAAAAAAAAAUCCACAAGACAUAUUUUACAUAUUAGAGCGGUCAUUUUUUAUUCACUCAAAUAUUGACAUAUAAAAAACGACAAAACACAAACAAGACACACCUGCAAAUAUCAUGUUUUGUACCUACAGGACAGAAACCAACACAAGGUGGUAGCAUAUUCCUAUUAAUUAAUAAACUAUACAAAAUAAAAAACAA